AUGAAUAAACCAUCAACAUCAAGCAUUCAACACAAGGUUAACUUGUUCCUGAUGGAACAUGGCGAUCAGUUAUCAUUGCUCAAGAACUUAUUGGUGUUUAUACCAGGACGAUUUGGUGACUCUGAGCUCAUGCUUGAAGCAAUAUAUAGCGCAACCAACUUAUUCCAGACUUAUAUCGAUUAUGCAUCUUCAAAGAUGAUGCUGUCACAUAAUCAGUCGACAACAUCUCAGAAUGAAACGGUGCCACCUCCAUACUAUCUACACCUACUUAAAUGGAUUGUAGUAAUACAGAACCUUGAGUUGUGUAUUGAGGUGUUGGCAAGCUCAACAGGCGAUAAGCGUAGGACAAAGUGGCCAGCAAUCAUAACAAUCGAAGCUCUAAAAGCACUACUAAGGAUCAAGUUGUUAUUCAAAACGAAUGGUAACAUGCUGAUCCAUCACUCAUUCCAUGUACCAUCACAGGAUAUCCAGGCACUUGGAAGUAAAUCCAAGAGCAACAUCAUAAACAGAAGGAACCCAUACGAGGGUAGACGACAGACACUACAAGAUCAAUUGCAGUCCGAAGAGAACAAUAAUGAUGCACACGACAACUCCACUCUGAUCCCACUGCUGCCACCAGUCUCGCCAAGAGACUACAACAACAAGGUGAUUGGCGAACUAUUGUAUAUUCUACGCCCGCUCAUCUACGCCGUGCUGCGUUGGAACUGCGGCAAGAAGUCGUGGAGACCGUGGGUCGUGUCCCUGUUGAUGGAGUACGUCAGUCUGGCCGUCAUCGAGUAUGCCACCAUUACCAAACAGGCGACGAUGAGUCAGCUCGAGAUGAUCGAGGUCAAGCGACGUCGCAACCAGUUCAUAUACUACGUACUGCGUUCGCCAUUCUACGACCGCUUCAUCAGCGAUGGUAUUGUCUUUAGGAUACUCAACUUCUUCAAGAAGAUCCCUCUUAUCAAGAUAUUAGUUAACGUGUUCCUCAACUACAUCAAUGUGUUCAGGACAAGAUACUUCUACACAUCUGCAUCA